GGUCCUACUGCUCCUGCCUGUUCUCAAGAUGCCUCCGGCUCGACGCAACUGCCAGGUUUGUACUUGACAUUGUUAUUCUAGGUAGGUACGCUUCUUGUCUCUUUCUGUUUCUGUCUCGACCUUAGUCUAUGGUAUCUCAGGUCCCCCCCCCCCCCCAAAAAAAAAAAAAAAAAAAAAAAAACCUCUUCUCUUUUUCUCUCUCUCUCUCUCUCUAUUUCUCUCUCUCUCUCUCUUUCUGUCUCUAUGAAACCCCAGAUAUCUUAUCAAUCACCACAGCCCAGAACCUACGAUGUUAUCAUUACUGGGACAUACCGAAUCCAGCGAAGGAUGUAUGUGCUAGUAGUGACCCUAGCUUUCCAUGACUACGUGAUUGCUCUCGAAUAGUGCGGGCAGUCCGUGAACGAAGCUUGGUGUGAUAUCAUUGCCUUCUUUGUUGGAUGAAGCGA